GCAGAAUUGGGGCUGAUUUCCAUUUGUGGGGUAUUAGCGGUGUACCUGUAUUUGUGUAUUUAUAACCGUAUCUUAUAUCUUUACUGUAUUGCAUUCCAUUUUCCUGAAUUGCCCCUUUUGUGCAGAACUGAACUUUGAUCUCGGGUCUUAUGACUGCGGCCUGAUUUCCACAGAUGUCUGACUGCAGUUAAGGAAUAAUCAAAGAUUAAUUUUUAACAUGGCUUCUUGCCCUAGAGAUACGGCACUUCAAAGUGUGUUAUGUCCUGAUUUCCAGUAAUUGGGUUGUAGCACCGAUCGUCGCGUUAUAGAUGCGGCAGGCUUUUUAUUUGUCCCACUUAAAGUAAAGCAAUAAUGUGCAUUAAAUAAGAACCGUUGUUUCCUUAAAGUAAAUCUGUACUGGCAUUGUAGAGAAGUAGAGAUUGCCUUUGACUUCUGAAAUUUACCUGGAACAAGGAGGCAGCCAGUGAAGUAAGAGGAAGGUCAGAGCUAUUAAAGCCUUUGGAUCAGCAUAACAACCUUGUGAUUAGUAUUUUAAAAGGGAGAGCCACUCCUGCAGACUCCUCUGGACUGCUAGACUGGUCCUUGCAGCCUCUUCUUUCCUAUGCUGCAGAAGUAUAAGGUCCUUUCACAUCAUUGGGACUGAUGCAGGAACCAUAGCCCUACAUGGGAUGUGAGGACACCGACGCACAAUCUAUCACCUAAGCCAGGGGAGCAGAAGAUGGGAUCCCAGCUGUUGGACACGGAUAUGGAUUAUGAGCGUCCCAAUGUUGAGACGAUAAAGUGUGUAGUAGUUGGAGACAACGCUGUUGGAAAGACACGCCUCAUCUGUGCAAGAGCAUGCAAUGCCACUCUUACUCAAUAUCAACUCCUUGCUACACAUGUGCCAACUGUGUGGGCCAUAGAUCAAUAUCGUGUGUGCCAGGAGGUAUUGGAACGUUCCCGGGAUGUGGUUGAUGAUGUCAGUGUGUCCCUCAGGCUUUGGGACACAUUUGGAGACCAUCAUAAAGACCGGCGGUUUGCUUAUGGAAGGUCUGAUGUGGUCGUUCUCUGUUUCUCAAUUGCCAACCCCAAUUCCCUCCAGCAUGUUCAAUCUAUGUGGUACCCAGAAAUAAAGCACUUCUGUCCCCGUGCCCCUGUUAUUUUGGUUGGAUGUCAGUUGGACCUGCGCUACGCCGAUUUGGAAGCUGUGAAUCGUGCCCGCCGCCCUUUAGCCAGGCCAAUCCGCGCUCAGGAGAUUCUUCCACCUGAGAAAGGUCGGGAAGUAGCAAAAGAGCUGGGCAUUCCAUACUAUGAAACUAGUGUGGUUGCCCAGUGUGGCAUCAAGGAGGUUUUUGAUAAUGCCAUCCGAUCAGCACUCAUCUCCCGCCGCCAUUUACAAUUUUGGAAGUCACAUUUACGAAGUGUCCGUAAACCUCUACCACAGGCUCCUUUUCUUCCUCCACGGCCUCCUCCACCCGUUAUUAUUGUUCCAGAUCCCCCAGCACAAAGUGAGGAUCAUCCUGGGCACCUUCUGGAGGAGGCUUCUUGUGCCGAUGUGGUGCUGGUGGUCCAAGAAAGGAUUCGUAUCUAUGCCCACCGCAUCUACCUCUCCACUGCUUCCUCCAAAUUCUGUGACCUUUUCCUCAUGGAAGAUGGAGACCCACCUGCCCAAGCCAGGGACCCCCUUCUACGUGCCUCUAGCUUUGACGCUUGUGAGGCUUCAGGAGAAACUGAGGGAGGUGGAAUAAGAACCUCAGCCAGUGAUGGUACAUUGGGCAGGGAAGGGGACAGAGACUUAUCAGGAUGGAGCAGGGCCUUUGAAAGCAUACGGAGUGGAGUUCCAGAAGAGCCGCCUGGGUACAGGGCCAGAAAAGUGACUAUUGUAAAGAUGGACAGCUCAGUAAGGUCUGGACCAUUCAGAGCAGUGCUUAAAUAUUUAUACACUGGGCGACUGGAUGAACGGGAACCAGAGCUUAUGGAAGUUGCCCAUAUUGCAGAACUGCUGGAGGUGUUUGACCUGCGAAUGAUGGUGGCUAACAUUCUGAAUAGAGAGGCAUUCAUGAACCAAGAAAUCACCAGGGCGUUCCAUGUCAGGAGGAGCAAUCGCAUCAAGGAGUGUCUAGCAAAGGGGAUCUUCUCUGAUGUCACUUUCGUGUUGGAUGACGGAAGUAUAAAGGCCCACAAGCCUCUGCUGAUCUCCGGCUGUGAUUGGAUGGCAGCCAUGUUUGGAGGCCCCUUUUUGGAGAGCGGCACGGCUGAGGUGGUGCUCCCCUAUACCUCUAAGGCCAGUAUGCGUGCAGUGCUCGAGUAUCUCUACACUGGGCAGUUCACCGCAGGAUCUGAUCUUGACCCACUGGACCUCGUCAUACUGGGAAACAGGCUUUGCCUGCCACAUUUAGUAGCUCUGACCGAGAAACACACAGUGUCGAUGAUGAUGGAUGCCUCUCUGAAUCACAAGGACAUAGAUGGAGACGCUCUUAUGUUACUGGAGGCUGCUCAGUUCCAUGGGGCUCAGCAGUUGGCAGCCUGGUGUUUACAUCACAUCUCUACAAACUACAACCGUGUUUGCAGAAAAUUCCCCCGAGAAAUUAAACUCGUCUCCCCAGAGAAUCAGCAGAUUCUAGAGACUCAGCGAUGGCCCCCCGUUUGGUACCUUAAGGAGGAAGACCACUUUCAGAGAGCUGAGAGAGAACGUGAGAAGGAGACAGCUCUGCACCAGAAGAGACAGCCCAAGAGACGCUGGUUGUUCUGGAACAGCUCCAAUACAGAAUCCCCAGCAUCCUCUACUACUUCCUCCUCCGCGGUGGGUUAGGGCCUGCUACCGCGGCUCCAUUAUCUCCCUCUGGCAGCUAUGAGUUCAAGCUGGGAUGAGAGCUCCUGUGUCUAAUUCCGAGUGAUUGUGAACAAUUUUCUCCUGCUAAAUACAUGGGGACAUUUAUACAAUACAUAUCUCUGGAUUUAACUAACAUAAGUCUUAUCUGUAAAUAGAAUGCCUGAGCAAUGCAACCACAGCUAGAUUAUCAGGAAUGUUCCCCUUCCAAUACACACACCUUACAUUAUCUGUAUUACAAUGUCACUUUUCCCAGAUUAACCCGAUUUGCACAGUAUCAUCACUUGUCUGUAUAGACCAAAGUGGAGAAGGCAAGUCCCAAUCAAACACAUCUGAUAAAAGCUGAUCGCCCAACCACUCCAGAGACCUAUUGUGAUUACAAAUGACAUACAACAAGCCUUAAUUGCAAUUUAGCAGUGUAAAUCCUUUUAGAUUCUUUUAAAAUGUGAGAUGUACAAAACGAUGAAGCAGAGUUUUGGGGUGCCGUUCUCCUUCAUCAGAUGCCCACCACCAUCAUUUUUAUCUUUUUAGCCCACAAACCAUAAGUAUAAGGUUAUAUUUCUAUAGUUAACUUAGAAAGAUAAAACUUUGCAACAAUUUCA